AUGUCUCCUACUACCUUUGUUUGCGAAACCCCAAUGAUCAGAGAGCGCCCUCAAGCCUCUUUGACUCCACCAUCACCACCAUCCAAGAGGCAUUGCUCGAGAAUCUCCUAUGACCUGCCAUCCUCUCCAUGCGAGAGCCUGUUUCUACCCUUGUUGAGUCACUUUGACAAGGUUGCUGAAGACGAUGGAGAAAUUAAUGGACCAUUCUUUCCUACUUUGGCUCCUCGUCCCACUUCUUGCUUCAAUUCGUUCCACAAAUUGUCUAUCAAGGAACCCGAGAAUGAACAACCGUUCGCACUCAAGAAGCGAUCUUCAUCUAUGGCCUUUAAUCCAACGUCGCUCGAACCAUGCAGCAACAAGCAAAAGCUUUCGGUUCAUGCUUUGUGCGCAUAA